AUAUAUUAUCAAAAACAUGCUAAGCUAUUUUCAGUAUUUUCAAUAAGAAGUUUCAAUAAGAAGUUUCAACCCCAAGAACUAAAACAGAAAAGAAGUUGGGUGUGCCAUACACAAAUGAAAUCAUUUUAGCUAAGAGAUAGAGGCUGCGGUGCAGAAUGUUCCUAAACGGUUUCUGGCGAGGGUUGCCCUGGUUGAAACAGAAACCCAGGCGGCAGCACCUCCCAUAUAAAAGCUUCCUUCCUCCCGGCCAGACCGGCGGAAAACCCAUCGGCACACAAGUUCUUCCUUUCACUUACGAACGCUCGGGACUACAAAGUUGGAAAAGUGAUUUAAUUGGCUAAGAACUGGAUGACGCAACGUAUCUCAAGUCCAGUGAGAAUCGGCCUCCCCAAGCCUGGCUCAGAUUCCGCUUUCUGAUUGGUUCUUACGGCAAGAGUUGCUGAAGUUGACCUCUGGCACCGGAACCCCGGCAAAGAUGGCGGCGGCCAGGUAUUGGAGGCUAGUGCCCCGCGGUCCAGGGCUGUCACUGCACACCGCGGCCGCGGCCGCCGUGACGGCUCCAGAAAUGAUCGGCCCAGCUGUCGCGGCGGCCCCCGUUGCGCGCUACCCCCCGAUUGUGGCCUCCCUGAAGGCCAAAAGCAAGGCAGCCCGGCAGCGGCGAGUGGAGCGGUGGCAGGCGAUGGUGCACGCGGCCGAGUCGGUGGAUGAGAAGCUGCGAAUCCUCACCAAGAUGCAGUUCAUGAAGUACGUCGUUUACCCGCAGACCUUCGCCCUGAACGCCGACCGCUGGUACCAGGGCUUCACCAAGACCGUGUUCCUGUCGGGCCUGCCGCCGCCGCCCGCCGAGCCCGCGCCCGCGCCGGCCCUGGACCUACCGGCCCUGCGCGCCGCCGCGUGUGACUGCCUCCUGCAGGAGCACUUCUUCCUGCGGCGCAAGGGGCGCCCGCCCCUCUACCGGGAAUAUGAGACCAUCGGCUCGCCCUUCCUGGAUCAGCUGGUGGCCGCCCUCAUGGGCCUGCUCAGCGCUCACAACCCGGCCCUGGCUGCCGCCGCCCUCGAUUGUAAACGCCCAGUUCACUUUUACUGGUUGCGUGGUGAAGAAAUUAUUCCCUGUGGUCAUCGGAAAGGUCGAGUUGAUGCUUUGCGAUACCAAAUAAAUGAUAAACCAAACAACCAGAUUCGAAUGUCCAAACAACUCCCAGAGUUUGUGCCGCUGGAUUAUUCUGUACCUAUAGAAAUCCCCGUUAUGAAUUGUAAGCCAGACAAACUUCCAUUAUUUAAACGGCAAUAUGAAAAUACCAUAUUUAUUGGCUCAAAGACAGCAGAUCCAUACUGUUACGGACAUACCCAGUUUCAUCUGUUACCUGACAAAUUCAAAAGGGAAAGGCUUUUGAAAAAGAACUGUGCUGAUCAGAUAGAAGUUGUUUUUAGAGCUAAUGCUAUUGCAAGCCUUUUUGCUUGGACUGGAGCACAAGCUAUGUAUCAAGGAUUCUGGAGCGAAGCGGAUGUUACUCGACCUUUUGUCUCCCAGGGUGUGGUCACAGAUGGAAAAUACUUUUCCUUUUUCUGCUACCAGUUAAAUACUUUGGCACUGACUACACAGGCUGAUCAAAAUAACCCUCGUAAAAAUAUAUGUUGGGGAACACAAAGUAAGCCUCUUUAUGAAACAAUCGAAGACAAUGAUGUGAAAGGUUUUAAUGAUGAUGUUCUACUCCAGUUGGUUCACUUUCUACUGAAUAGACCAAAAGAAGACAAAUCACAGCCAUUGGAAAACUAAGAGAAAACAUUUGAUUCAGGACUUUGGAAAUACUUAAAUUUUACCAAAGGAACAAUAAAAGGAUUUUUGAUGAUGA